GCAUUAGUUUAGGCAUUAUGGACAGAAUUCAUAGAUGUAACAGUUUACACAUUUCUGACAUUCAUCUUUGCUUUACUCUACAGGCAAUAAAGGGCAGAUGGAUAACAGCACAUUUAAAAUACUUCUUGCUCUAACAUGUAUCUCUCUUACUUCAACACUGAUUUUGGCAUACAAGAGUAGUUAUCCUCUUUUCCAAUAUAUGACUACUUCCUAUAAUUCACAAAAAAUCCCAGAUGUUUCAAAUUCGACAAUGCUCAUCAAAGACUCAGAGUAUGCCUUCUGUAAUACAUGUAAAAUCACAGAGCCUUUAAAUUUGAUAACACCCAUCAAAGACUCAAAGCAUUUCAUGGUGUCUGCGUUUAUCGACCACAGACUGGAUGGGGCCAUUCGAGUCAUCAGCAUAAUCAACAGAAACAGUCUUCAGCCGCUUUACUGUGUUUACUGCAGCGCUGAACAAGUCUGCAAAACUGUUCACACUGAGGUCCAGAUACACAGAGACCAUUUUGGCUUUCAGUUUCACGUCUCAGAUGUGAUCUGUAAAGGCAGGCACACGCAAAAUGCAACACAUGUCCUUAUAUCAACUAAACAUUCAGAUAACAGUACUACUGAGUAUCUGCCAAUAAAAAACCGUGUCAGAAUUAACACUUUUAAGUAUAACUUUACCGUUUGCAUCUCCAACCUUUUUGGAAACUACAACAAUGUACUGCAGUUUGCUCAAACGAUGGAAAUGUACAAGCUUCUGGGAGUACAGCAUGUGGUCAUCUAUAAAACUAAUUCUGGACCAGACUUGGAAAAGCUCUUAAAACAUUAUGAAACAGAGGGGAUACUGGAGAUCGUCCCAUGGCCUAUCGACCAGUUUCUGAACCCUUCUUCAGGCUGGAACUUCAAGGAGCACAAGGGUGACGUCCAUUAUUAUGUUCAGUUAGUAACACUCAACGAGUGCAUUUACAGGCACAUGUACCAGUCAAAGUACAUCCUCCUGAAUGACAUUGAUGAAAUCAUCAUGCCUUACAAACACACCAGUUUACCAUCUCUAAUGGAGGACCUCCAGUCUGCUUAUCCCAGAGUAAGUGUUUUCCUUUUUGAGAGCCACAUUUUUCCCACAACACAGUUUGAGGAGAGUGGAAAGUUCAAACGAGGAGAAUGGAAUAAUAUUCCUGGUGUUAACAUCAUGGAGCACAUUUACAGAGAACCUGAUCGAAAGAACAUUUACAAUCCCACAAAGAUGAUUGUCAACCCAAGGAAGGUGCAGCAAACCUCAGUACAUACCACAUUGCAAAACUAUGGAUAUAUUCACCGUGUAGCAUUUCAUGUGUCUAGGAUGGUGCAUGUGAGAGAACCAAUGCAGGUGAAUCUUUCUAAAGAGCAACUGUUUGUGGACAAAAGAGUGUGGGACUUUGAGCAAAAACUGAUACCGAAUGUUGACCGGACUUUGAAGCUUUCAGGUUUGUUAAGGCCUCACUGAUGACAUGAUUUUAUUCGAAGUAUGCAGAUGUGAGAAAUCUGACAUCUGAAAAAUAAAGAAUGCCUUUUGAGAAAUAUAAUGUUAUCCAAAAUGAUUGCUAAACUGAUUUAGUCCAAGGUAAAGUUAAAAAGGUCGAGCAUUGUCCACAAAAAAUACUGUACUGUACAGCUGAUGUCUCUGGCCCGAUUUCAUUUGUACUCAGCAAAUUAACUUCCAUUUUUAACUCAGCCUUUUCUUGUGGAGUUGUUCUCAGGAAAGUUACAUUUAUUUUGUGUUUAAUCUACUUGAUAUAAUUUUUGUUAAUUAUAAAAUUGUUUUAAUACUUUAGAGUUUUUUCAUUACAUUUAAUAUGAGCAGUAUUUACAUUAAAGAAAUGGUUGUAUGUUGACCAUGUGUUUAAAUGUGUUUUUAUUUUAUUCAUGUUGAGAUUAAAAAUCACAACGCAAACUUCAAAUUACUCUA